AUGGCCUCAACACUAGCUAUCGGAGCCGGAGUCGCGGUUGCCGCUUUCCUCGGCCGAGCAGGAGUUGUCGCAUGGAGGCGAUCGCGCGGCGGUGUCGGUGCGCUGGGCAAGGCUUUCUACAAGGGAGGUUUUGAGCCCAAGAUGAACAAGCGCGAGGCUUCUCUGAUUCUGUCGCUCAAUGAAAGCGCCAUUACAAAAGACAAGAUUCGCAAGCAGCACCGAAAUCUCAUGCUGCUCAACCACCCCGAUCGAGGCGGUAGCCCGUAUCUGGCCACAAAGGUCAACGAAGCAAAGGAGUUUCUCGAAAAGCAUUCAUGA